AUGGCUAUCAUCGGCGCUGGCUUUGAUGACCAUUCCUUUAGCAGUGAUGAGAGUUACAACCACCUCUUCAUAGAUACAGAGAACACUGAAGUCAAAGGCUUGUACUUCCAGCAGCUGGGGACGUUCUUGGUUUGUGGAUCCUUCCUUGCGGGCCCUCAUCAAUGUGGAGGUAUCCGGUAUGCUUUUCCCUGGAGUACUUUGGAAGAUUUCCCCCAGAGUCGCCUGAGUCACCUCCACUCCUGCACCACCCUGAGAGAGAUAGCAGAGUUUUGUGAUGACUACGACCCCUUGUGUCAUGAAUUCUUCUUUGAUCGAGACCCUUUAGCCUUUCAGAUGAUCUUCAACUUCCUGGGCCGUGGGAAGCUCCGCGUGCUGCAGGAUGUCUGCAAUGUAGCUCUGCAUGAGCUGAGGGGCAUUGAUGUAGGACAGAUGGCACCCUGCUGCCACCACCGCAUGAUGUGCUCAGUGGAUGAGGUGGUGCAGCACCAGCGCAAGGAGGAAGAGUGGAGGGAGAGGAGAAGAGUGAUGAGAGCAAAUGCAGAGCAGGGAAGCUUCUUCCACAAGCUGGGAGAAGCAGUGGAGAACCCCCACUCUGGUUUUGCAGGCAAAGUGUUUGCCUUCAUGUCUGUCAUGAUGGUUGUGGUCACUGUAGUCAGCCUGUGCAUCAGCACCAUGCCAGACCAGCAGCAGCAAGAAUCUAUGGGUGAAUGCUCUCAGAAGUGCCGAAACAUGUUCUUGGUAGAGUCGAUUUGCGUGGCUUGGUUCACUUUGGAGUUUCUGGUGCGAUUUUUCCAUGCACAGAGCAAGCUGGAGUUCAUUCAGGGACCACUCAACAUCACUGAUAUAGCCGCCAUCUUGCCCUACUAUGUUUCCCUGUUUCUUGAGUUUAAGGACGAAACAGUGCACGAUAUUGUUGCUGGUGCAGGGAAGAGCACUCUAGAUAAACUGGGUCUAAUCCUGCGUGUGAUGAGGGCCUUGCGUAUCAUGUAUGUCAUGAAGCUGGCCCGUCACUCUAUGGGUCUGCAGACUCUGGGGCUGACCAUGCAGCGAAGCGUGACUGACUUUGGCCUGCUGCUGCUCUUCAUCUGUGUCGCCGUGGCCCUCUUUUCUCCACUUGUCCACCUUGCUGAAAGUGAGCUGGCUCCAAAUGCUGCUAGAACCCCCCAGCUAAUGUUCAGCAGCAUCCCAGCAUCAUACUGGUGGUCCAUCAUCUCCGUGACCACCGUGGGGUAUGGAGACAUGGUGCCACGCAGCAUUCCCGGCCAAGUGGGGGCGCUAAUCAUCAUCUUAGCAGGGAUCCUCAUCCUGUCCUUCCCUUCCACAUCUAUCUUCCACACUUUUAACCGCACUUACAAUGAACUUAAAGAAGAGCACAAGAGGCUGUGGAAGGAAGAGAGGGGUGCUGAGCUUGCCACUGGGGCUGAAGAAAGCAUGAAAGAAAAGAGAAACAUGGCCUGA